AUGUUUCCUAUACGACGCUCUGCCGGGCGGAUUCGACAUGCUGCUGCGAAAAUCCAUGCCAAGCGGACCCUUCUUACCCAUUCAUAUGUUGAAGGCCCAUUGCAUCCACCAUUAUCGACCGCGACACUCCCGCAGUUCUUCGACACGGAAGUCUUACCUCGUUAUGCCGAACGCCCGGCUCUAGUAUGUCGCACCGAGAGUCCUCGAGUUCAUGGGGGAUCAGUUUCAUGGGCGCAAGAUGGUGCGCCUCAUCUUGCUUGGGACUUUCAGGAAUUCGACAGACACAUCAACGCGCUGGCGAGGGGAUUAUUGAGCAUGGGUGUGCGGAAGGGGGACAGAGUUGGCGUGCUCAUGGGGAAUAACAGUGCCUAUGCAACCCUUCAGUGGGCUUGUGCAUCUAUUGGAGCAAUUUUGGUGACAAUUAACCCAGCGUAUCGUCUGCACGAACUUGUAAAGACCCUGACCCUGGUUGGUGUGAAGCAUUUGUUUGUUGUUCCGAGCAUACGGAGCUCUGCGUACGUCGAAAUGCUCGCCUCAGCUUAUCCUGACCUUCGUGAAUCCCGUCCUGGGUCCAUUCAAGAAGAAGCACUCCCAGAGCUUCGUAACCUAGUCGUGUUCGAUAAGUCAGGGAACCUCGAAGAAAAGUUAGACAAGCUGGAAGUCAAGUGCGCGGUCGACUGGCGCGAGAUUAUGGCAUGGCGGGAAGACACAUCAGAGGCGCGGAUGCAACACGAAAUAACACAUUCUCUUGAGAAAGACGAUGUCAUAAACCUGCAAUUUACGAGCGGAACAACGGGACUUCCUAAGGCAGUAUCGUUAACCCAUUCAAACCUUCUCAACAAUGGGUUGUCUAUAGGGAGAUGUAUGAACCUCUCUGAAGUCGACGUUCUCUGUAACUUGGCAGCAUGGACCCACGGCGCGUGCAUAGUUUACGCCUCUGACAUUUACGACCCCAAAUUGAUCGUCGACGCUGUCUCUGAAGAGAGAUGUACCGCCUUGCACGGCGUUCCUACACAUUUCUUGGGCGUCCUAGCCGAGGUCGAGAAGAGACGUGCAGAGGGUGAGAUUCUUGACUUCAGCCGGCUUCGGACGGGGAUAGCGGCCGGUUCACCCAUUCCCAUCGACUUGAUGAGGAGCCUUAUCUCUAAGUUGAACCUUCGGGACCUCACAAACGCAUUUGGCAUGACUGAGACAAGUCCAGUGUCGUUCCAAACCACUCCCGCCGACCCCAUUCUCAAACGGGUCGAGACAGUUGGGAGGGUCCAGCCGCACGUCAAGGCCAAACUCAUCGAUGAAGAAGGUAAGGUAGUGCCGGUGGGAACGCCAGGGGAAGUGUGUAUAGCGGGAUACCUGCUUCAGAAAGGAUAUUGGGAAGACGAGGAACAGACUCGUGCAGUAAUGCGAUGGGAGGGAGACACGCUGUGGAUGCAUACUGGCGACGAAGGGAUCAUGGAUGAAGAAGGCUAUUUGAGGAUUGUCGGGAGACGCAAGGAUAUCAUCAUUCGUGGAGGAGAGAAUCUUUUCCCAGUACAAAUCGAGAACGCCCUAACCGAGAAUCCGUCCAUACGGGAAGCCGCCGUAGUCUCCGUCCCAGAUCCCAAAUACGGUGAAGUAGUCGGGGCGUGGAUCGUGCGCGAGGCGAAUACUCACAUUGAUCGCGACGAAGUGCGGCGGACUGUUGCGGAAAGCAUGAACCCCCAGAAUGCACCUGCAUGGGUAUGGUUCAUUGGCGAAGAUGGUACCGAACCAGAGCUCCCUAAGACGGCCAGCGGCAAGGUCAUGAAGCACGUUCUCCGCAAUUGGGCAAGAGACCUAUCAAGUAGGAGUAUAGGUAGUGUCAGACUUUAA